AUGGCUAAGAAUGAGCUUGGCUUCACCCAAUACCCAAUGGUGCCCGGGCAUGAGAUUGUAGGAACUGUUACUGAAGUAGGAAGCAAGGUGACAAAAUUCAAGGUUGGUGACCGGGUAGGGGUCGGUUGCCUGGUGGGGUCGUGCCGCGAGUGCAGCUUGUGCGAGAAAGAUCUCGAAAACUACUGUGCCAAACAGAUCCUUACCUACAGCAUGCCUUACUAUGACGGCACCAUCACACAGGGCGGCUAUUCGGACAUCAUGGUGGCUGACGAGCACUUUGUCGUCAGCUGGCCCCACAACCUGCCCCUCGACGCUGGUGCCCCACUCUUGUGCGCCGGAAUCACCACCUACAGCCCGCUUAAGCAUUUCGGGCUCGACAAGCCCGGGAUCAGUGUUGGGGUCGUCGGGUUAGGCGGGUUGGGCCACCUUGCGGUCAAGUUCGCCAAGGCCUUUGGGUGUCGGGUGACCGUCAUUAGUACCUCGGUGAGUAAAAAGGCGGAGGCUAUCGAGAAACUUGGGGUGGACGAGUUCUUGGUCAGCCUUGAUGAGGGACAGAUGCAGGGUGCGGCGGGCACGUUGGAUGGUAUAAUUGACACCGUCUCGGCCACUCAUUCACUUUUCCCCUUGGUGAGUUUGUUGAAGCCUGACGGAAAACUAAUCUUAGUCGGACUCCCACAAAGCCUAGAAGUUCCGGUUUUUCCCUUGCUUAUAGGGAGGAGGGCUAUAAUCGGAAGUGCAACCGGAGGACUUAAAGAGACGCAAGAGAUGAUUGAUUUUGCGGCUAAGCACAACAUAUUACCGGACGUGGAGAUGAUUCAGAUGGAUUACGUGAACAAGGCCAUGGAGCGCGUAUUGAAGUCCGACGUGAAGUACCGUUUUGUUAUCGACAUUGGGAAUUCGUUGAAACAGGAGUGA